AUGGUCUCAAAUAAAAAUCUUUUACCAAUUAUCUAUAUUUUUUUUAUUAUUUUAUAUUUCGGUGACGUUGCUAAAUCUCAAUACUUUCCACUAGAUAAAGGUGCCACAUGUCAAAAAUAUAGGGGUGAUAGUCCAGGGAUCCAGUUAUGUGAUGGCUUUUUAUCAAAUCCAAAUAGUAUUUAUAUAAACUCAACAUCAAGUCAAGAAGCUAUUCAAGCACAAGGUAAUUUAGUUCGUCAAUAUAUUAAUUUCUAUAAAUCAUUCGAAUCUUGUAAAAAUCCUCGUACUUUUGCUUUACUGUGUGCUUUUCUUUUUCCAGAAUGUGAAAAAUAUACAGAUCCAGUUUCAAAAGUAACCUAUGCAUAUCCAAUUUUACCUUGUUAUAACAAUUGUUUAAAUAUGACAACAUCAUGUCAAAUUUCAACAUCUAGGUUAAGUUGCGCAACUAAAUAUACAUUUGAAAAUAUUUCUUAUUCAGUAUUUCCAAAAAAUACAACCACCUAUCAAAUUGAUAGUUUAAGCUAUACAAAUACAUGUGAAAACACAGAUCUUAUUGCAAAUUCUCAAAAUACAUCAAUUCAACAAUGUUUUGAACCUUUAGUUUAUCAUGUUUCAACUGAUGAAAUUCAUGAUAAAUCAAUAGGUUAUAUAUUCCCAUCUACAAAUACAACUUGUGUAGUGGGAUGUCCUGCACCAUUAUAUUAUGCAAAUCAAUGGAGGAAUAUAUAUAGAUUAUCAGAUGUAUUAUCAAUUUUAUCAUGUAUAUUAACAUUAUUUUUAGUAAUUACAUUGGGAAUUAUUAACCCAAAAGUUUCAAGAUUCGAUAAAAUCAAUGUUAUGUUGUUAUCCAGUAUUUUCCUUCAAGCAUUUUCUGGUGCAUUAAUGACCUUUAAUGGGACUGAAAAUACAUUAUGUCCAGAAGAUGGACGUUUUGCUUCAUAUAUAGAUAGGAUGUGUGUUGCAACAGGAUUUCUUUUACAUGGAUCAUCACUUUUAGUAGUUCAAUGGUGGUGUGUACUCUCUUUUGAAGUAUGGUUUACAAUUUUCCAAGUUGGAAAAAAACAAAAAGAUAGAUUUAUUUAUUAUUUAGUAGCAUCAUUAAUUAUAGCAUGGAUACCACCAAUUGUGUCAAUAUCAAAGAAUGAAUAUUCAGGUGGACCAGCAAAUCCAUUUUGUUGGUUAACAACUUUUAACUAUAGAAGGUUUGCAUUUUGGUUGCCAAUGGGUAUAUUUUUAUGUUUAGGUGGUGUAUUUUUAAUUCUUUUAAUGAGAGAAAUUUAUGUUAUUGUAUCUGGUAAUGUCCAAUCAACAAAAGAAUCUAGAUUUAAAGUAUUGAAAAUGGAAGCAAAACCAAUUAUUAGUUUAAUUAUGUAUUUUUCUUGUCUUUUAUAUUUAUUUAUUUAUGAUCAAUGGAUUAAUAAUCAUAUGCACGUUUAUACCGAUUCCAUACCAUCUUAUGCACUAUGUCUUUUAACAAGUACUUCCACCAAUGAUUGUCUAUUAAAGGCCCCAGAUAUUACUGGAUUAGGUUAUUUUAUUUACAGUAUUAGAGUUUUUGGUGUUUAUGCAUUUAUCAUUUAUGGUAUUUCCAAGAAAACCCUUCAAAUUUGGAAAUAUAACUAUUUCGUUGUAUUCAUUGGACAAAAGAUUGAACAAUUCACAAAUGCAACAACAACUGCAAAAUCUUCAAAUUCUAAUAACUCUUCAACUACAAAUAAUAUUUCAGUAAAAGCUUCCUCAAAUAUGGAAUAUGAAACUAGACAGGAAAAUGAAAAUGGAGACAGUCAAUCUGUUGAAUUAGAUUCAAAUUCUGAUGCUCUAUAA